CUCUCUCUGCUCUCUCUCUCUCUCUGCUCUCUCUCUCGUUUCUAAGCUCUGAGGAGGGUUUUUCCUCUGCCCCUUGGGAGCAUCGGAGGAUUUUUCGAACCACAAGGGAUGGGCGAAGAAGCUUUGCCGGCGAUGUCCCCACUGCGACCCUUCGAAGCAGAAAAGAAAUCGGUGGAAGAGAACUCCAACCCCCUUCAAGAAGUCCAAGAUCAAACCCUAGAAAACCACUCUGAUUCCAGCGUUGAUCGCCCGGAUCAAGAUUGGAAGCCAAAUCCGUCAACUGACUCCAAAGAGAUGGAACAAGAAUUAAGCAACAUUGUCCAGACACUGAAGGAUGAUGAUUGCCUCAUUCCAUCUCCUAUUCUGAAGGGAAUUUCUGGCCCUGAUCUCUCUUCUGCUCUUCAGUUUCUUGGGACAAAGUACAAUUUUCUGAUGAAAAAACACCAAGCACAGAUUGAAGAACUUGAAACACUACGGUCUAAUUGUGAAACACUAAGGAAUAAGUGCCUUGAGGAGUGUGAGCCUAAAUAUGAGACCUUGAAGAAGAAGUACACAGAGGAAUGUGCUGAAAGGAAGCGCCUGUAUAAUGAACUGAUUGAGCUGAAGGGCAACAUUAGGGUCUUUUGCAGAUGCAGGCCACUGAGCUUGGAAGAGAUCUCUAAAGGUUAUUCUUCUGUGGUAGAGCUCGACCCCUCGCAGGAUACUGAGUUGCAGAUCAUCUGUUCGGACUCCUCGAAGAAGCAGUUUAAAUUUGAUCAUAUUUUUGGACCUAAAGAUGACCAAGAGACUGUCUUUGCGGAGACAUUUCCAAUUGUGAAAUCAGUACUAGAUGGGUACAAUGUGUGCAUUUUUGCAUAUGGGCAGACUGGUACUGGGAAGACAUUUACAAUGGAAGGGACCCCAGAGAACAGGGGUGUUAACUACAGAGCUUUGGAGGAAUUGUUCAGGAGUUCCAUGGAAAGAAGCUCCUUGAUCAGAUACCAAUUUUCUGUGAGCAUGUUGGAGGUCUAUAAUGAGAAAAUCAGAGAUCUUCUAGCAGACAAUGCAGAUCAACAUGCGAAGAAAUUGGAGAUAAAGCAAGGGGUAGAUGGAGCACAGGAUGUGCCUGGAUUGGUUGAAGCUCAGAUAUGCAGCAUAGCUGAGGUGUGGGAGAAGCUUAAAACUGGAGCAAGAAACAGAUCAGUUGGAUCAACCAAUGCCAAUGAGCUCAGUAGCCGUUCUCACUGCCUGGUUCGGGUUACCAUCAAGAGUGAGAAUUUGGUGAGCGGGCAGAGGAGCAGGAGCCACAUGUGGCUUGUGGAUUUAGCUGGAAGUGAACGUGUUGCAAAGAUUGAAGUUGAGGGAGAGAGGCUGAAGGAGUCCCAGUUCAUCAAUAAGUCCCUCUCAGCAUUAGGAGAUGUUAUCUCUGCUCUUGCCUCAAAGAACCCCCAUAUUCCUUNUAGGAACUCAAAGCUUACCCAUCUGCUCCAAAGCUCUCUUGGAGGAGAUUGCAAGACUCUUAUGUUUGCACAGAUCAGUCCAAGCUCUGCAGAUUUGGGAGAAACACUCUGCUCAUUAAAUUUUGCCAGUCGAGUCCGGGGAGUUGAGCAUGGCCCUGCCCGUAAACAAUCAGAUCCAGCAGAAAGUUUCAAGCUUAAACAGAUGGCGGAGAAGCUCCGACAAGAAGAAAAGGAAUCAGCAAGAUUAAAUGAAAGCUUGCAGUUGAUGCAGCUCAAAUAUGCAUCACGGGAGAAUGUCUUUAAGAGUCUUCAAGAAAAGAUCAGAGAUGCUGAUCAAACAUGCAGGAAUUAUCAACAAAAGGUUAGAGACCUCGAAAACCAACUAUCUGAUGAGAAGAAAGCUGCCAGAGAUGCUGCUAAAUUCUCCAAGCCACCACUUGCUCCCAUCAAGCAGCGACCACCUUUGGGCAGAAUCACAAACCGUUUACCACCUUUGGGCAGAAUCACAAACCGUUUACCACCUUCAGGUCCUCGCAGAAGUAGCACCGCAAUGGCUCUCCCAGUACAAGAUAAAGAGAACAUUCUUUCAAAAUGUAAAGCCUCUGGUAUGGACCCAACAAAACCUCUCAACAAAGCACGGAGGAUAUCAUUGUCCCCUGUAGUCCGUCAUAUACCAGUGCAAACCAAGAGGAGGGCCUCCAUUGCUACCUUGCCAAAUGAAGCAGAAAGACAUCAAGCAUUGCCUGAAACACGACAGGAUCAGAUAAGUGGCACCAUUCAAACUUCUCAGCUGAGACUCCCAAGGAGGAGAUCAGUGGCAGCAUUUACUUCAAUUCCAGGAACACCGCGAGCAGCAGUUACUCCAGAAGCAAAAUGGAAAUUUGAUGGUACUGCAUCCAGCAGCAAGUAUUCAAGCCCAACUCAUGUGCAGCCACUAUGGAAAUCAAAGAUUCCAACCAUUUCUUCACCCCGGCAAAGGCUUCGACUUAUUUCAAGCCCUGCCAAUUCAAGCAGUUUUAGGAGUGCACAGCAAGCAGUCAGCAAGUUGUGUUUUAGCGUGCAGAAAAGAGUGAUUGUUGGCUCGCCGGUUAAACCAAAGCAUGCCAUGCUUCCAGGAUCACUUAUCUUUAGCCAAGCUCUGCGGGAAAAGGAAAUUGUUGGAAGACUGGGGACUGCUCAGAGAAUUUUGUGCAAGAACAGAAGAAAGUCUGUUAUCUAGAGCAUUUCUUAUGGGUUGCAUGAAGAUUUUUCUUCUCAAAUUGAUAUUGUUAACGGAACCAAAGAGUAUGCAGUUCUCCUCGGAUACCUGUGCAUGAGCUUUUUGGUUGUAUAAUGUAAUGUUACAGAAAGCAUACAUCCAGCAUUCUUUCAAUUGUCUAAUAGCUUGGUAACUUAAAGCCCUUCACAUUGGAUU